AUGAGGCGAUUCCUUGUGUGGGCGGCAGUGCUGGCAACCGCGCUGCUGGUCUCGGCAACUGACACCGCUGCUGCGAAGCCCAUUGCGAGGAAGAGAGACUCGAAGCCUCGCGGCUGGGUGCUGGCUGGCGACCUGGCCGACAACGAGGAGCUCGUGGGGCAACGAAACUCGGGUGGCUACCUGCGAGGGUCGGAAACGGCGGCGACGUUGGCCUACACCGACAAGACAAGCGCGUCGACGGCCGAGAAGGCUAGUCCUUCGUACACUGCCAAGGCAAACCCACCAUCGAGUGCUUCAUACGGCGAGAAGACGGUAGCUGGGGCAACGACGACGGCUUCGCCGAUCACCACGUCAACGGGUGCAGUGAAACAAGGUUUUGGGGUAUCAAGCGUUAUCGUUCCCUGGGGCAGCGUAACGGCCAAGGCAUCGGCCUAUUCCAACACGGAAGCACCAACGCCAGCGCCGCAACGGACUGACAAUACUGGUGGAGGCCUGCAUGGUGGUGGCGUAAAGGUUGACAACCCGACAGCACCGACGAGUGCCGAGAAGGCUACUGCCUGGUACAAUACCAAGACGGAGGAGCCAUCUACCGCUCCGCUGAGGACUCCAUUACCACCAACCGCUCCGUCUAGUGAGAAGGCGAGCACUUCGCCAUACUCGGCGACGGAUACAUUGAAGCAAGGCGAAGUUGUGUCAAGCGUUAUCGUUCCCUGGGGGAGUGUGACUUCCAACAGCAAAGGGUCAACACCAACCGAACGAAUCGAGGAAAAUGGAGAAGGUGGUGCGUAUGGUGCCCGUGUGAAGGUUCACGAUGCUAUUCCAGCGACGGACAGCAAGGGCGAAGCGAAGCAAAGCGACUCCAAUGUGCACGAGAGUCCGGCAGAGGCCAAGACGAGCGACAGCAAGUUUGGUUUCUCACGAUGGUCUCCUUCAGUAUCCGGAGAUGUGGAGAGGACAGCCCCCUCCCUCGGCCCGGAUUCAACCUCCACCUCCAGUGACUACACUAGCGCUCCACUCAGUGGAAUUUCCAGCGCGGGACUGUAUUCGGGCGCAGGAGGAGUAGCGGUGGCUACCAAGACGUCAGAGUACCCUGACACUGAUGCGCCUACGUGGAAUACGAAUUACGGCGGAGACACGGAGAAGGACAAGCAUGCGCAGACGACAGACAAGAGCGACUCGACAGCUGACGACCGUGGCUCCGGUCAUUCAGCUGCACCAGCUCCUGCUGAGAGCACGAUGACGUACAACUCCGAAGUAGACUCUCCUGCUGGUGAGAAGACAAGAUUCCACUAUAGCGAGAAUCCACACACACCAUCCGAGCACAACGAAAGAGGAGUAGAGGAACAACUGUCAUUCCGAGAGAAGUCGAGUUCUUCAGGUGGUGGUGGUGGGCAACAUGAAGGGAGGGUAGAGGAGUUCACCGUUCCUUGGCGAAAUGAAGCUCCCGGCUCACCUGGUUAUUCCAGAAACCACGCACUUACGUCAGAGGCCAAGAAGCAGUCCGAGGGGACUGAACAUGACGCUGCUAAGGAGACGACAAACGGUGAGCCCGCGCACAAUAGUCCGGUGUAUGAUGGGGUGUUUGGGCGUGUCAUCCCGUGGAACGACGGAAAACCUCAACUCGUGAUCGGCACCGCAAUGGAGAAGCCCCCACCGUAUCCUGACCACGCGGAGGCUGACGCAUACCCAGAGGAGCAGACUGAAUCUCGAGACUACGGUCACCUCUUAGGUGAUCUCACCCCGUGGAGAGAGAGCCACUCGCUUCUCCAAAGAGAGCUACAGGCAGCGGACAACGAGCAGCCAACCGAGCAACCGGCCCCUGAGGUAACAUCCGACGAGCCCCAAGAGGUAUCCGCUGACAAGGCUGCGGAUCAAACGGAUGAUAAAACUGGGGAUCAGUCUGCAGAGGAAAAGUCGGCGGAGCAACAAGAGGAUACGUCGACGGAGCAGCCAGCCAACCAGCCCACGGAGACGUCCUCUGAGCAACCUUCCGAGUAUGCAGAAACUGUGGAUGAUGGUGAAGUGAUGAAGACGACAGCCGUUGUGGAUGAAAAUGUGAGGUGGAACCAAGAUGACUGCAAUCCCUGCGAUGUACCGACCCAGCCACCGACGUCUGCUCCACUUUACCCUCGGAACGACGAUGACUACGAACAGCAGCUUCCAAACGUUACCGAUGCAUACGAAUCGUGGGACCACGUCAAGCGUCCGGAACCAGCAUCGACGAAGCCUCCCAAGAAGAAGAAGACGCACAAACCUUCCACGCAGCCACCGCCAUCAGAAACACCGUACGAGCGGACCCCAUCUCCAGAGACGCCGACGGAGCCGCCUCCAGAAACCCCAGCCACGACGACGACAGAGCUGCCAGCAGAGCCGCCGACAGAGCCACCAGAAGAAACCCCAGCACCGACAACAACCGAGUCACCAACUGAAACACCGUAUGGGCCGACCAGUACUCCGCAGCCAUCCGAACCAGCGACAACUACCCCGCCAACAGAGUCCACACCAGCUCCGACCAAACCAAGUGAGACUACCCCUGCGCCAAGCGAGCCCACGCCAGCGCCAACGAAGCCCGGUGAGGCCACUCCAGCUCCAACGAAGCCUGGUGAAGCGACACCGGCACCGACUAAGGCUUACGACGAUUCAAAGCCGACGCCUGUGUCAACCUCCAAGGGAACGUCGACAUUUCCGACGGGGACGAAAGCCACCACCUCCAAGACUGCGACGCCUGUUGCCACGACUGGACCUUCAACGCCUGCAGCAACUUCUGUUGAUACUUCGACUGGGAACACGGCGUACGGAACGUCCGGCAUUACCGGCGGCUCGAACGACAAUGUUGUUGGCGCCUCGACCUCAGAGGGAAACACCUCGAGCGGGUCUUCUGAUGCGCUGAGUGGCGGAGCCAUCGCUGGAAUCGUUAUCGCGUGCGUCGUGUUCGCCGCCGUCGUCGUGGGUGCCGUGCUCUACCGACAGCGGUCGAUCGCGCGGCAACGCGAGGAGAAUUUGUUUGCAGAUCUCGCUGCUGGUGGCGCUGGACGCGCCCUCGAGACGGACUAUGCAGCGAUGUAA